ACUUCUCACACACAUUACAUUUUCCUGUACUGAGUUUUCUUAUAGUUUAAGGUAAAGAGGAAAACAGCAAAAAUCAAAGUACACACAUAUACAUAUAUAUAUUUGUUAUGUUACUGGAAGAAGUGAUGAGGGGGGCUCACAUUGUCCUAAUUAUUGCACCUUUCCUCUCUUUACUUCCACUCUCAAAUAGCCAUGGAAUUAACGGACAAGGAAGAAUAUGGAAACAGGCUCAUGCCACUUUCUAUGGAGGUGGUGAUGCUUCUGGAACUAUGGGUGGGGCUUGUGGGUAUGGGAAUUUGUACAGCCAAGGAUACGGUACAAACACAGCAGCGUUGAGUACAGCCAUGUUCAAGAAUGGAGAGAAAUGUGGGGCUUGUUUCGAGCUUAAAUGCGUGAAUAACCAAAGGUGGUGCCUGGGAAGCUCGGUUGUUGUUACGGCUACCAAUUUCUGCCCUCCAAAUUACGCCUUACCAAGCAAUGCUGGGGGGUGGUGCAAUCCUCCACACCACCACUUUGAUCUCUCUCAGCCUGUUUUCCAGCAAAUUGCCAAGUAUGAAGCUGGGAUUGUACCUGUUCUUUACAGAAGGGUAGCAUGCCAAAAGAGGGGAGGCAUCAGGUUCACAAUAAACGGCCACUCUUACUUCAACCUGGUUCUCAUCACCAACGUUGGAGGUGCUGGUGAUGUCCACUCCGUUUCAAUCAAAGGCUCACGGACUAACUGGGAACCCAUGUCCAGGAACUGGGGCCAAAACUGGCAGAGCGAUUCUUACCUCAACGGCCAGUCCCUCUCGUUCAAGGUCACCACCAGCAACGGUCGCACCGUGUUUUGCAACAACGUAGCCCCCGCUGACUGGUCCUUCGGCCAAACCUUCACGGGCGGACAAUUCACUUAAACUUCAUCAACCUUCACGACUAUGUGGGAAGGAAAGAAUACCAAGUUAAUUGUCGAAGUUUUGCCCUUACGUCUGAAAACUUUGUUCUGUUAGGUAGUUUACUGUUGUCUGGUAGCUAUGCAUGUAAACUAAGCCAAAUUGCAUAGAAUAAUGUAGUCAGAAAUGGGGAGAGCUAAGGUUUUAUUUUAAGAAUUGGUAUUAUAUCCAUGAAGGGUUCUGUCUUAGGAUUGAUGGAAAUUUGGCAGUGGUUAGGUUUUUUAUCACCACUUGCCGCUACGUCUUCAUGGAGUAGCUAGCUUGCUGUUUUUUUCUCUUGUAAACCUCUGUGAGUUGUUAUUUUCAACUUUGUAAUUGUUUUAUUUGAAAGUGGGUGUUUGCA